CGCCUCUGUCUCCCCAUCGUUCUCCUUGACUCCAAUUUCCAAUCUCCCGAAGAGCACUUCUCGAUAAUUCCGUUCUCUUCCCGUGUAAAUCUUGCUCCUUCUCGAGUAGUACUGCCACUAGGGCCCUAACUGCCACCGGCGACGGAGAAAGAGAUCAGCUUUUUAUUUAUUCCAAGAAUGGAGCGCGGCGGCGACGAUGUGGUGGAGGUGAGCUGUGCCCGCGCCAGCGGCGGUGGAGAUCCCGGGGAGUACGCCGCGGGGCUGAAGAGGAAGCUGGAACUGUACUGCGCCGCCGUGGCCAAGUCCAUGGAAGUUAAACCUCAAGAAUCUGCUUUGAGCUACCCCAGUUCACAAGCUUCAGAGGCUUCACAGUUGGUGUCUCAAGCUUCUUUUGAUGGUGAUGGUACUGUUGUUCAAGGCAAGCCAGCUAAUAGUUGUACAUCAAAGGAGCACUCAGAUGAUGAGGGUGAUCUUGAGGAAAAUACGGACCCUGCUAGCGCGAAGCGGGUGAAGAGGAUGCUGUCAAAUCGAGAAUCAGCCAGGAGGUCAAGGAAAAGAAAACAAGCUCAUCAGGACGAUAUUGAAUCAGAGGUUACACAGUUAAGAGUUGAGAAUGCAUCUUUGCUAAAGCGCCUGACUGACAUGACUCAGAAAUACAAGGAAUCUUCUCUUGACAACAGAAAUCUUACAGUUGAUAUUCAGACUAUGAGGAGAAAGGUGAAUAUAGCUGAAGAAGCUGUGAGGAGAGUAACUGGAACAAGCCUGCUGUUCUCCACUCCAUCAGACACGCCGGGAAUUAUUGUGCCCUUCUCUUCAUGUGUAUCAGAUGCAGCUUCUGCUGAUGCUGCUCCCACUGAACAGAGCAUGAGCCAUUUCCUCCAGGGUUUACUCGAAGACGAAUGGAUCAAGCCUGACUUCCAGGAGGCAGCAACUCCUUUGGCCAGUGGAGAAGAGAUGGCUUCAGUGCCAGGCUCUCUGCGGCGUGUCACGAGCCUGGAGAACCUACAGAAGAGGAUACAUGGAGACUCGGUACAUUAUGAGGCUGUGUCAACCUUCUCGGACCAUGAAAUCCCUGCCAAUGCUCAGUAACUGCCUUAUAAGUUAUAAUGCUCCAGUGACUGAGCUAAGUUUUGUUUGUAGAGCUUGUGGCAUCUGUGUAUAUCAGGAUGCUGAAUCUUGCAUACCAUCUUGAAGAUAAAUAAAUCCUCGUCUUCUGAUCC